AGCAGACACAAAAUCCUCUUUAUCUCAAACUUAUUAGCAGCUUAAGAAUCUCCUGUUAAGAUAUGGCGGCUUCCAUGACACCAGCAGUCCUCUUUCUGUCUCUAAACAUACUGUUCUUCACCCUUGUGAGUUCAACUUAUGUUCCAUGCCCACCACCUCCAAAAAAGAGUAUGACACCUAAACACCCUCCAAUGAAAACACCAUCAAAACCCUCCACACCAAAAUCGCCGCCAUCAAAACCCUCAUCACCAAAAUCCCCGCCAUCAACUAAACCUGUUAGCUGCCCAAGGGAUACCCUAAAAUUGGGUGUUUGUGCUAAUUUGCUAAAUGAUAUUGUGCACGUUGUCGUUGGAACCCCAGCUAACACUCCUUGUUGCAGUCUCAUUAGUGGUUUGACUGAUCUUCAAGCUGCUGUCUGCUUGUGCACUGCCAUUAAAGCUCAAGUUUUGGGAAUUAACCUUAAUGUUGCCGUCGACCUCAGUUUAAUUGUUAAUACUUGUGGCAAGAAGAUUCCAUCUGGUUUCAAAUGUGCCUAAAUUAUCUGCAAACCCCAACGGCUGAACCAACAGCCGCUGGUUAAUGUUGGCUCAGUUUUAUUUGCUGUCCGUAUAUUUCUUCCAUAUAGAAGACCUUUCACUUCGUUGUUGAAUUGUAUGUCUUCCUCAUAGUACCGUAUUGGCGUGUAUUCCUGUUCUGUAAACUGUUUACAAUAUUUGUUGCAUCAUUUUUAUUUUCAUCUAAAAUAAAAGAAAUAUCCGUCACAUAUCCCCUGUAUUCAAAUUUUCAAAUUUGAGAUCCAUACUGCAUUGUCUAUCUAUAUAAUCAAGAAAAUUUCCUCCAA